CCAACGCUUGGCGUCUCAUUACGGUAUCCUUGGCCCUGCAAGAUCAAUCUACAUCACCAUGAGAGCUAGUUUCUCUGCUUCUGAUGUUCCACUGAACGUCCCCCAUGGAGCCAGAGAGAGGCGCUUCUCCACCAACAAGGAGCCUACCGACAGCGAGCUGACCUCAUCGGUUCACCGUCAAUUCCGCAACGCCCAUGAAGGACACAAACCACAUGCUGGAUUGGAUCCCUCACGUGCAUCCACUGGAGUUGUCUGGACUACCGAGAGAGCCUACGAGCAUGGUUUUGCUGAACACCCAGAGAAAUGGGCAAAUUUGGGUCAAGGCGCCCCCGAGGUUGAUGAUGAGAUCGAGGGCUGCUUCGAGAGACCCCAUACCAUCGAUGUGUCCAUGACUGGACNNGGUCCGACUGCCGGCAUCAAACCUCUGAGGGAAGCUGUUGCCAAUCUCUACAACGAGCACCACCGCAAAGGCAAGGAGAGUCAAUACACCUGGGAGAACGUCUGCAUCGUCCCUGGUGGUAGGGCUGGUCUCAUCAGAAUCGCCGCUGUGAUAGAUGUUGGUGGUCAACGAAAUCUAAUCAUUCUCANNGGCAACUCAUACCUUGGUUUCUUUAUUCCUGAUUACACCGCGUACAACGAGAUGCUGUCUCUGUUCCGUAACUUCAGUGCCAUCCCGAUUCCAUUGUCUAAGCAAGAUGGAUACCAUAUGCACCCUGACAAGAUUGCGGAGGAGAUUGCUCGCGGUACCAGUGUUAUCCUAACAUCCAACCCUCGCAAUCCUACAGGCCAGGUCCUCACGAACCCUGAGCUUGCCCAGAUCCAAGACAUCUACCGUGCGACAUUGAUCAUGGAUGAGUUCUAUGGCGGCUACAACUACACUAGUGAUUGCGAUGGUACCGUUGUCUCCGCUGCUGACAACAUCGAAGACGUCGACGAAGAUGUAGAUGUUCUCAUCAUUGACGGUCUGACAAAGCGCUUCCGUCUUCCUGGUUGGAGAGUUGCCUGGAUCGUUGGACCCAAAGAGUUCAUCAAGGCUAUCGGCUCUUGUGGAUCUUACCUCGACGGAGGCACCAAUGUUCCCUUCCAAGAGGCUGCCAUCCCCAUGCUUGAGCCCACUAAGGUCAAGCACGAGAUGCGUGCCUUGCAACACCAUUUCCGCGAAAAGAGAGACUAUGUCAUUGGCAGACUGAAGGAUAUGGGCUUCCAAAUUGCGAUAGUGCCCAACUCGACCUUCUACUUGUGGCUGGACUUGUCUUCUCUCCCCGAGGGCAUCAACGAUGGUCUCAAUUUCUUCAAUGCCUGUCUCCACGAGAAGGUCAUUGUCGUUCCUGGAAUCUUCUUCGAUCUCAACCCCAGCAAGAGAAGAGAUCUUUUCGACUCUCCUUGCCACAAGAACGUCAGACUGAGUUACGGUCCAAGAAUGGACGUCCUGAAGAUGGGUCUGGAUGGUAUCGAGAGAGUUGUCAAGAAGCACCGCAACGAUCGCACUCCUGCUAAGCAGGAAGGUCCUUCAGAGCACGUUGACAGUGGUCACGGAGAGCAUGUU